GGCAGCCAGUCAAAAAAAAGACGCUUUGCGCGCGCCCGCGGUCACAGUUGUGGUAGAACAGUGGUAGCGAGUGCAGGGACCAUGGCUGGUGGCAAGGCAGGCAAGGACUCCGGCAAGGCGAAAGCCAAGGCAGUAUCACGCUCGGCCAGGGCUGGUCUGCAGUUCCCUGUGGGUCGUAUCCACAGACAUCUGAAGAACAGGACCACUAGCCAUGGCAGAGUUGGAGCUACGGCGGCAGUCUAUAGCGCUGCCAUCCUGGAAUACCUUACUGCUGAGGUAUUGGAGUUGGCUGGGAAUGCCUCCAAAGACUUGAAGGUGAAGCGUAUCACACCCCGCCAUCUGCAGCUUGCAAUCCGUGGUGAUGAGGAACUGGACUCCCUCAUCAAGGCCACCAUUGCGGGCGGUGGUGUCAUCCCUCACAUCCACAAGUCCCUCAUUGGCAAGAAGGGUUCACAGAAACCUGUAUAAGCCACCUCUUCCCCUUAGAUUUUAGUGGGCUGGGUAACCAGCUGUCUAAUGUUAAGAUGUGUGUGAUUGGGCCGAGUGCUGCGGCCUGAGUGAGGAUGCUUUGUUUGUACGUCAGUGAUGGGCUGAGGUGGGGCAUCCUGGCUUUCCCAGGUAGUACCACCUUAACCCUCGUGCCCUCCCCAUUAACAUUUUUUCUUUUAUUUUUUCUACCUCUUAAGGGUCUUUGCCCUACCCACUCCAGCUCUCGUAGGAGGACAACAGGGUCUCUGCUGAAUCACUGCAUUGCCCUGUGAGGUACACGAUCUGUUGUAAUGAAAGUUCUGCAGCCAAUUUAUUGUUUUCAUGAACUAAUCUUGAUAUUGGUUCUUAAUAUGUUCAGUAUGGUUUUAUUAGAAUUUUAUUUAGUAAAUUAUUUUGAUCAGGAAUUAUAAAAGGGGAGACAUUCCUCCAUUUCCACUUUAAAAGUGUCAUGUAUUACUUGAAGUACAAUUUUCAGUGUUUUGAUAAUGUGUAGAGUAAGUCCCACUAUACAUAUUGUAAUUAGUGCAUUCUCUACAAUAUAAUGUAUAUUCAUUUUUUAA